UACUAGGUGCUCGCACCAGGAGAAUGGAAAUUAAGUGCAAAACCGCAGGCUCCGCCCAAAGAUACGCGUGGGGCUCGGCCCCCGCCCAGAUGCCACUCCCUAUUUGGACGUUGCCGUGAGCCUGCCACUGCCCACUGCUUCCAAUCAUUACUCUGAAUGGGACGCUUUAAAUAUGCGUAGACACGUCAUGUUGUAUGAGACCCAGUCUGUAGGGAGUGAGGCAGUAUCUAUAUAAACGUGUCGAGGGUGGGCGGAGAAGGGUUAACGGAGGGAGGGAGGGAAGGUAGUGGGCAGGGGUCUGCAGCCCCGCAGCCGCAGUGGCUGGCAGCGCCUGGUGAGUUGUUUCCCUCAGCCUCUAUCUAGGAGCGCUGAGCCGAGAAGGUGGGAGCAUUCCGGAGGAAAAUGGCCCAUCUUGGGUAGGAUGACACUUUUUAACUGAAAUCGGGAGCAAUGCCCGGGGUCUUCAGCAUCAAGGAAGGCAAAUUCUCUAAUCGCUUAAGGGUUAGUACUGCCUUCCACUGAGAGUCUUGUUUUAAGAGUGGAAGUUUUGAAUUUAUUAAUCUCUGGCUUGGCCCCUAACCCCUGGCCUUUUCUGGACCGGGCAGGUGAGCUCUGCACAGUUCUUGAGUCCCCUGCCUUCCUAGUGGCCUAGCACCACCCCACCCCCAACCCGGCAGUCUCACUAUGAUUUCCUGGGGGUUGAGCUGUUUGUCCAUGCUGGGGGCUGCUGGCACCGCUCUCCUGUGUGCGGGUCUGCUGCUUGGCCUAGCCCAACAACUCUGGACCCUCCGCUGGACUCUGAGCCGGGAUUGGGCCUCCACCUUGCCCCUACCCAAGGGCUCCAUGGGCUGGCCAUUCUUCGGUGAAACGCUGCACUGGUUGGUUCAGGGUUCUCGCUUCCACAGUUCCCGCCGCGAGCGCUAUGGGACAGUGUUUAAGACGCACCUUCUGGGCAGGCCAGUGAUCCGGGUGAGCGGCGCUGAGAACGUGCGCACCAUCCUGCUGGGUGAGCACCGCCUGGUGCGUAGCCAGUGGCCGCAGAGCGCGCAUAUUCUGCUAGGUUCACACACACUCCUUGGCGCGGUUGGCGAGCCCCACCGGCAACGGCGCAAGGUCCUGGCGCGAGUGUUCAGCCGCCCCGCUCUGGAGAAAUUCGUGCCACGGCUGCAGGGGGCGCUGCGGCGAGAGGUGCGCUCUUGGUGCGCAGCCCAACGACCGGUGGCUGUUUACCAGGCAGCCAAAGCACUCACUUUCCGCAUGGCCGCGCGCAUCCUGUUGGGUCUGCAGCUGGAGGAAGCGCGAUGCACCGAGCUGGCCCAGACCUUUGAGCAGCUGGUGGAGAACCUCUUUUCACUGCCCUUGGACGUACCGUUCAGCGGCCUGCGCAAGGGCAUCCGGGCCAGGGACCAGCUGUAUCAGCGUCUGGAUGAGGCCAUUGUGGAGAAGCUUCAGGAGGAACGGACAGCAGAGCCAGGCGAUGCCCUGCACUUGAUUAUUAACAGCGCUAGGGAGCUGGGCCGUGAGCCCUCAGUGCAAGAGCUGAAGGAGUUGGCUGUGGAGCUCCUCUUCGCGGCCUUUUUCACCACGGCCAGCGCCAGCACAUCCCUCAUCCUGCUGCUUUUGCAGCACCCAGCAGCCAUCACCAAAAUCCAGCAGGAGCUGUCAGCGCAGGGGCUGGGGCGGGCGUGCAGCUGCGCUCCCCGGGCCUCAGGAUCUCAACCGGACUGCGGCUGUGAGCCUGACCUUAGCCUGGCCGUGCUGGGCCGUUUGCGCUACGUCGACUGCGUAGUCAAGGAGGUGCUGCGCCUCCUACCGCCGGUGUCCGGGGGCUACCGCACUGCACUGCGCACCUUUGAGCUGGACGGUUACCAGAUCCCCAAAGGCUGGAGCGUAAUGUAUAGCAUCCGAGACACGCACGAGACGGCCGCAGUGUACCGUAGCCCGCCCGAGGGCUUCGAUCCCGAGCGCUUCGGCGUGGAGAGUGAAGGCGCGAGGGGCGCCGGCGGCCGCUUUCAUUACAUCCCGUUCGGCGGCGGUGCGCGCAGCUGCCUGGGCCAGGAGCUAGCGCAGGCGGUGCUGCAACUGCUCGCCGUCGAGCUGGUGCGCACCGCGCGCUGGGAGCUGGCCACACCUGCCUUCCCCGCGAUGCAGACGGUGCCCAUCGUGCAUCCGGUGGACGGGCUGCUGCUCUUUUUCCACCCUCUUCAGACUUUGGGUGCGGGGGAUGAGUUACCCUUCUGAUUUGCUGCUUCUCUAGCCUUGGUUUGCCCAAUAGCUGCUGCGUGCACACGCCGCCAAUCUUCAGCGUCCUGGGUCCUCACCGCGCUUAUAUUCAUCGAGUCACGGGUUUAACAAACACGGGACAACUCUGCUAGGCUGGAAGUAGUAGAUAGAGUGAGCCACAGCCGCCGCAGUGGAGAAGCGCUGGGCUUGGGGAAAGAGAGUAGGAGGCAUGCCCCACACCGUUGGCAUGUCCCAAGAUCUCAAAGCAGCCAGCGACGGAGAGAACCUAUUUCCACUAAAUGAAACCUGGCUUCACCUUACUGUGGCAAGUCCUCAGGGAGUUUAGAAAGGCAGGAGUGAAGGUGUUGUUAGGCAUUUGUAUCAAACUAGAAGAGAAUUUGCAACUUUUUAAAGUUAGCAGAGAUACCAGGAUUGUUACCAGACCCACCUGAUGUUUGUCCAAGAGGGCCCCGGAGCUUCUACUGGCUCAACACUAGCAGAUUCGACUGGAGCCUUUUGAAAAGAAAAAUUCCUUCUUCAUGAAAUUAUUUAAUACUCAUUUAUAUAGAAAAUACUAUGUUCUCUGGCAAUGUCUCUAAGUCUGGCUAAUGUGAGGUUGAGACAUUAUCCCUUCUUGGGAGAAUUGAGAUAAACAAGAGAUUGUAGAUGUUUAAACAGGAAGGCCACGAAGUAGCAUUCCCUGCCAGUGGCUGAGCAAGGGGGUUGGGGCUCAGUUGGGCAGCUAUUCCCCACCCCUCUGCGCGGUGUGAUGGCCAAGGGUGGAGAGGAUGGGGUGCAGAGACAUACCUGAGGGACAUACUGUAGCCUAUACACAGAGGGUCUAGAAGUUGGGCAGCCUCAGUCCUAUGCUUCCCUCUGGACCACGGAUCUGGAUGCUGGGUUUUGGAGCAUCUCUGUACUGAUUGCAGAGUUGUUCUGCUUACUGUUUCGCUCCCCUCACUGAGUGGGGCCUGGCGAUUAGGAGCCACUGCUGUCCUUCACCCUCUUCCAUCGCUCAAUCCCCCUCACCUCUGAGCCCAUGUUACCCGUGGAACUCAGCCCUUUUGCUUUUCAUAGCUAUCUCUAGUCUAAAGGUCUGUCUGGCCUUUCCAAUCCAGAGGGUCCCACCACUGCUUAAAUCAAAGCCACUAUCAUCUGCCUUCAUUCCCCGAAGCCCUCUUCAAGCUGCCAUCCAUGUUCCCAUACUGCUGGGCAAGAGGACAUAAUCGGUGAGCCAGGGAAGCUGUACCUAGCCUAGAUGGACCCUGUAGGAGGAAAUUGGUAGCCUCCUGACCUUAUACUUGAAUCCACUUAUAAUGUGGAGCCUGGGGCUUGGUGGCAAGGGGGACAUAGCAGCUAUUGGGAUUAACACUACUGCAACCCCUAAACAGGACAGCUAGUAAGCCAUAGCUUGUCUGAGUAGAGGCCAGCUUGAGCUCUGCAGGCACCAGAGGGAGCAAAGGUAUCAUGGUGCAGGCCUACAACAUUGAGCAUCCUAGAAGCCAGGACCUAGAUGAGGAGGUCCAAAGGCCCCAGAAGGUCGAUUUGGAUUUGGGGUGGGGGUGGGUGGGAAUUAGGGUGGCACCUUUCAGAAGCCAGGACAAACUGGUUCAAAGAGAUUUGUUUGCUUGCUUUGGGGACUGGACCACCUAUAAGCACAUGGAAGUGCCUCUGAUUCUCCCGUCAUUUUCCAUAGCUGCUCAUAUCAAUACCAUUGAUAUUAAGGAAUGUGUAGGCUCCCAGUUUAGUAACCCCAAGUUUGUAGGGAAAGAGCAGAUGUAGUUCUUGCUCCUUGGACUUCUGCCACUCACAUAAAGAAGCAGACAAUGAGUAAGCCAGCAACACAAAACCAAAAACCAACCAACCAAGCAAACAUACAAAAACCACUGGAACCUCCCAGUGGUGAAAAGCAUAGAGACAUUAAAAAGCAACAAAACCCUUUAAAAACAAAACAAAAACACAGAGUGCUUCCGACCUGAAUUCCAACAGUUGGUCAAGCAAACCGGUCUGAGGUGAUAUUGGCAGGAAUCAGGCACUGUGGCCUGGGUUUCCAGCCAGUGUUGGGAACAGCAGCAGAUAUGGAACCGGGAGACCAGAGAGAAAGCUAGAGAGGGCUGAAGAGAAAGCCCAGGAGCUCAUGGGGGCCACCUGAUUGCUGUGACUCAUGUCCACUAGAGAAAACAAAACAGCAGAAACAACCACCACAGGAAACCUGAUCCCAGAGCUCUGAUCCCUUAGUAAUAGGAAAACUGGCCAAUAUUUUGUUUCCCAGAAAGCCAUCCUUCCUUCCCCACAGACCACUACCCAAUAAACUUUGGUGAAGUUCCUAGAUCAA